UUCCGGGAAGAGUCCUCAAAAUGGUGGAGCCAAUCAGUAAGAGGCCCAUCGUUGGCCGGACUGGGCCGGACUCUUGCUAGAAGGGCUGUAGCUAGUAGGUGCUUAGCACGGCCUCUUAUUUGCUCAUAUUUUUAGUUGGUGCACAGUAAAACGAUAAUAUACAGGCAGAGAACUCAAUCAUGAAUCAUCAGAUUUAUAAAAUAUAUAACCAAGAGGAUUUCAAUAGGAUCACUAAAGGAAUUAAAGUUGCGCAAUGCAUGCAAUCCAAAUCUACAUCUGUUUCAGACACAGAAAAAAUACUGGGCCAACUUGAUGAGUUAGUUGUAUCUGACUCACUAAGCUGUUCAUUCUGCAAUAUUGUUUUUGAGGAUCAAGCAAAGCAACGUGUUCAUUAUAAAUCAGAUUGGCAUUGCUAUAAUCUUAAGCAACGGUUGUAUGGCCUUAAAUCUAUUAGCGAAGAUGAUUUUGGUUUAUUAGCUGAUAAAGAUGAUGUAUCUAGUACACCUGGUACAGAAUCAGAAUCAGAAAAUGAAGAGGAAAUGUGUACCUCAGAUACAGGCAGUUCACCAAAUGGAAAUUCUAGUAGUAAAGAAUCAGGAACGAAGACCAGUCCAACAUCCAUUGAUAACAAGAAUAGAAGGCAAGAAAAUAAUAAUAAAGCAGUUGAAUUUACGUCUGAUAGUUCUGAUACAGAAAAUGAUGAGGAAGUUUUGAAAAAAAAGAAAAAUUUAUUAGUAGUAGCAAGUCGCCACUCUAAAAUUUUCUUUGAAAAUGAGGAAGGAAAUAUCUUCAGUAUAUAUAGAUGCUUACUUCACAAUAAGAAGGAAGUUCCUGAAGAAGAUAACGAGAUAAUAGCUCAGGCUUUGGAGAGUGGGAAGAGAACCAAUUGGACCGUGAUAAUGCUUGGUGGAGGCCAUGUAGCAGCUGCAGUAUUUCAAGGUGGUGAGGCAGUAGUGCACAAAACUUUUCACAGUUAUACUGUACGUGCAAAACAAGGCGGUGCGCAAUGUUCCCGAGAUAUGCGUACAAUGGGAAGUCAUCCAAAAAGUGCUGGAGCAAAUUUACGUCGUUAUAAUAGAGCCUCCCUCAUUCAGCACGUACAAGAAAUAUUAGAAUCCUGGUCUACGGAAAUUGCCAAUUCCUCAUUGAUCUUAUAUAGAGCUGUCGGUCCUUACAAUAGAUCGGUGCUUUUUGGUGGGAAAAAUCCAUCAUUAGAUAAAAAUGAUUCGAGACUAAGACCUGUGCCAUUUCCUACAGCGCGAGCGACAUUCAGCGAGGUUAAACGAGUGUAUGAUAUACUGAGCACAAUGGAAAUUUAUGGAUCAGCAGCACAGUUCACUGAUUGCUUUCCCAUCUCACCGCGCCAACCUAUCCGUAAAAAGGUCUUGAAGGUUGAUGUAGAGGAGACAUCUGAGAAAAUUCUUGAUGAUAAAAGUAAUCCUAAUCCCGGAACUGACGGUGUUAGCGAGGUGCAGAAUAAUGAAAAGACUAAAAACUCAUUGCAAACAACACCUGAAAGACAAUAUAGAAGUCCACGUUCUCAUAUAGACAGAGCAAAACCUAGAAAAAGUCCACGACGUCCGCUACCAGAUAUAGUGGCUCGACUAGCUCAAUCAUCUUCAGGAUCGGAGACUGACGAGAAAGAGGAAUGUUCUAGUGGUAACAUAAUGGACAUUCCGUUGAUACAUGAAAAUUUUGAAAUUGAAUUCAAUGAUCACUUGCAAGCCUUCCAGGAUACUGUUCCUAGAUACAUGAAGAGUAAAAAAAUUCGACGGCAGAAGAGAAAAGUAAAAAAGGACCGCAACGAAGAAAUUCCGGUGAACGAAGUAUUAGUCAGUGUAAAGCAGAAGUUAUGGGCAGCUUGUAAGCUUGGAGACAUUGAGUUACUGUCCUCAGCUGUGGAAAGUCUUUUAACUGAGAUACGUAGAUGUCAGGUUAUCGAAGAGCAAAUUAGCAAAGAACAGGAGCAAGCCUUAGAUUCCGUUGCACUUAUUACAAUGGAUGAUGUCAUUAAACUCGUAAACGACCCCAACACAGAUGGUAAUACAAUGUUGCAUAUGGUAGCUGCUAAGGGAUAUGUAAAAUUAGUUUGGUCUUUGCUCGAAAUUGGAUCGGAUCCUUGCAAUAAAAAUAAAAAACGUGAAACACCUUACGUAACCGCUGCGGAUAAAGAGACAAGAAAUACCUUCAGACGAUUUAUGUGCGAGAAUCCUGAAAAGUUUAAUUACGAUAAGUCUCGGAUACCUGGACCAAUGACUGUCGAGAUGGAGCAAGAGAUCCUCGAGAAAAAGAAGGAGCAGAGAAGGGCAAAACGUAAGAAGGAGAAGAUGAAGAAGAAGGAGUUUGAGAUUAAAAAACAAGAAGAAGAGGCAAGGCAGAGGUUUCUUCAUCUUAGUGACAGAGAGAAGAGAGCAUUGGCAGCUGAGAAUCGAAUUCGGCAACAAGGCGGCAAAGUCGAAACACGCUGUUUCCAAUGUGGCUCCGAUAUGAGUGGCAAAGUGCCUUUUGAAUACAAUGCUAAUCGUUUUUGUUCUAUGCCUUGUCUGAAGGAACAUCGUCUCCGUCACAAAGCAAUUCUCUGAUGCCACCCUACAUGUCUGUAGGACAAUCCUUUCAUCUAUUUCGAGAUGUCUAGAUAACAGCAGGUCUAUGAUGAGAGUGAAAAAUCAUAUGGUAUAAAAUAACCGAGAGAUUGCAGUUGAAAGCAUCUUUGUUUUCAAUCAGACACGGGUAGGAACUAUUUCAACUAUAAAAUAUAUCAGGUUCUAAAUGUCGCAUAGUAAUUUCGAUAACUAUACAAUUAAUUGCCAUGCCAAACAGUGUUGCCAGAAUUAUUUAAAGACAUUUUGAGAAUGUUUCAGGUUAAAUUACACUCUUCUUUCAAAUAAUCGUCUCGUUCCUUUUAGAUUUCCUUUCAGGUUUCAAAUAGACAGGUUUUUGAUUUUAUACGGUAGCCAGUGUUAUAUACAAAACAAAUCUCAAAGUCCUUAAGAAGUCCCUAAGAUUAAUUACAUUGGUAAUACAAUCCUAAAGCGCACAGAUUUAGAUUACUCAGUGGCGUUUAAGGAAUUCUUUGUGAAUGUUGCUAAAGAUAAUAGUGAUCUAGUUUAAAAGUGAGAUAUUCUAGAGUUUCAACGUUUUAGGGAGGACCCAGUUACGUUUUUUUUUCAUUUUUUUUUGAAUAAAAUUUAACAUAUAUUUGUAAAGAUAGAUGCCGAUGCCGAUGGGUGCAUUAAUCUGUGGAUACUUUUUGUACAUGCAUGUAAAAUUUUAAAUACUGUUCACUUAGCCGUUUCAAAAUGAAAAUUUGUUUAAUAUAUACAAAGCUCUAUUGUUUAUGGGCAUUGUAUUACUAGUUAAUUACAGGUGAAGGUCUUGGGAUACAAUAUUUUAUAACAUUUGUUUCUUCAUUAACUAUCCACAUUGUGGUACGAUGUGUAUAUAUUCUGAUAAAUAGUAUCUGCGAUCUAAGGGAAGAUCUCUUUGAUUUUUUACUCUUAACUGUUUGCAGUGACUCUCAUGCAUUUAUUGCAUAUCAUACCGCGUGAAAAACUUGACAUUGUGUGUAUUCUAAGUAGAUAAGUACACAUGUGCAGAUAUAUUCAAAAUGAAUUGAUUAAAGCAUAAUUAUGCUAAAAGUUAACGUACUCGUAAGUUAUUACGUAUGCAAAAUAAAUAUUAAUAUGAAGAACAAUGAUAAUUGAUAACUGCUGCAUAUUGUCGAUUCUUAAUUGUCAAACAUUUGACAUGUGACAGACAAGAUAACUAGAUGUAUUACAAAUAGUGAAUCGUAGAACAAAGUGUAAGUGUAGCUGAAAUUUCACAAGUGUGAAAAGUGUGACAAAAUAAAUUCUUUAAAAAAUA